GUUCCAUCUCUAUGGUUUCGGUAACGGCUCCAGCGGCUCUCGAGGAAGGUUUGGCGGGAGAGUGCGCUCGAGCCCGCGAGACAGGGUUCCGUUACUUAGCCCUCCUCCUCCCUCCGGGAAGAUGGCAACUGGUGGUGAUCCUUUGUUUGAGGAGAAUAUUGAAGAUCAGGACUUGUCCAACUGUGCUGUGAAUAAUGGAAGUCUGGAUGAUCAGCUUAAUAACCGGGAUUGGAGUCUUCAGUAUAAGAAAGCUAACAGAUCAUCUGAGAAGAACAAGAAGAAGUUAAGUGCAGGAAGUGAAAGCCGACUUACAAACGACAUCUCUCCUGAAUCCUCUCCAGGGGUUGGGCGGCGAAGGGCUAAAACCCCCAAGAGUUAUCCUCCCACAAAGCAUACAUCUCAUUUCUCUUUUCCAGACUCUGCAGAGCUUGAAAGGCUAAAGCAGCGUAUAAAUUUCAGUGAUUUAGAUGAGCGGAGCAUUGGAAGUGAUUCUCAUGGCAGAGCCACAGCUGCGAACAAUCAACGUCCACCUGUUGAAAAUAGGAAGCCAUUCAACUUUCUUCAACAGCAAAUCAACAGCAACAAAAGCAAGGAACCUGACAUAAGUCCACAAAGAAGAGAAACUAACCUGCCUAUUUCAAGGAUGGAUUUGUUUGGAUCCAUAAGCAAAGAUUCAUUGCCAAAUGAUCAGGUCUCACUUGGAGAUGACCAAGGAGAAUCUGAAAUAGAAAGUAGUCAGGUUGUGAGCAGACUUAUCCAGAUUCGGGAUUACAUCAGCAAGGCUCGUUCUAUGCGAGAUGACCUUAUGGAAAAAAAUGAAAGAUCUGCUAAUGUUGAGCGUUUGUCUCAGUUGAUAAACCAUCUAAAAGAACAGGAAAAAUCCUACAUGAAAUUUUUGCAGAAAAUGCUGGCCAGAGAGAAUGAGGAGGAUGAAGUUGGCACAACAGACUCUGCUGUAGGAUCUGGUUCUGUAGCUGAUAGCACAUCUCUAAACCUAGAUGUUCAGUCUGAGGCAUCAGAUGCAACGGAGGCAUCUCGUAGUGUUCGGCCCCGCAUUGAGGACAAGCUAGGAAAUGCAGCCUCCCAAGCACAGGGCUCUUCAGUUACUUCAACUCCAAAAGGGGAAACUGACAGGCUUGGUCUGAAUGACAGGAGAGUCUGGCAUAGUGGGAUUAAUGGCAAGGAGCAUGGAAUUUCCUCCAAGGAAGAUGAUCAGCAUCGGAAUGCGAAAGAAGAAUUGGAAAAUUUGAAAAAGCAGCAUGAACUUUUGAAAAGAAUGUUAGAGCAACAAGAACAGUUGAGGACACUACAAGGAAGACAGGCAGCACUUCUGGCACUACAGCACAAAGCAGAGCAGACUAUAGUGGGAAUGGAUGAAUCUGUUGUAACUGAGACAACUGGUAGUGUUUCGGGACUAAGCAUAACAUCUGAACUCAAUGAAGAACUAAAUGAUUUGAUCCAACGAUUCCACAACCAGCUCCAGAACUCCCAGUCAGUCCCUGACAACAGGAGACGAGCAGAAAGUCUGUCACUGACACAAGAGGUUUCCAGGAGUAGAGGUUCCUCAACUUCAGAACACUUAUCAGAACAAAAAGUCCAGCUGGUUAAUAAGCUGAAAGUUUUGCAAGGCAAGAAGGAGAGAAUGGAUAAACUACUUGAUGAGUUGCAUACACUGAGAGACCAACAUGUUAACAACAGUUCCAUUUCCUCCAGUGCUCCUGGUGUGUCCUGCUCAUCUCACAAGAGUGAUCAAAGAAGUUCUAUUUCUGCACCGACAGAAUGUGGUGCUGCAAUCAACAGGGAACCCAGCAGCUUGGCCUCCUCAGCAUGCGUUUUGGAUUCCAUACCCUCACAGCAUGAGAAUGAUGCAGAAGAUAAUGCUAAUCCUAGGAAGAAAUUAAAGAAACUCAAGGAAGUUCACAAGAGGCUAAAUGAAUUGCGUGAAUUGAUUGAUUACUAUCAGCAGACUUCAGAUAUGAUGACUGAUGCUGUUAAUGAGCAUACGAAAGAGGAUGAUGAUGAUGAGACUGAGGAAGAGUCCUUAUACUACUCUGAUCAAGGGAAUCCAGAAACAGUUAGAAACAUCAGAAAUCCACAAAGGUGUAACUGGACAGAUAUCAGUAGUGCUUCCAGGAUGGUGGCACUGAAUGGAACCAGUAGCCGUAAUGGGAGACUGCUGAACACAGACUGUGAAAUCAACAAUAGGCCAACAAAUCUACAAACUUUGAAUGUGCCACUUCCAUCAGAUGAACCUCACAUAAGCUACGUUGAGUGUUCUCACUACAAUGGUGAAAAAGAUGAAGGUAGGAAUGUUGAUGAAACACAGGAACAUGAAACCCAGGGGGAAUGUGCAAGCGAGGGCACACUAUCGAGUCGGCGAAGUAGUUUUGUAGAAGAAGCUGAUCAGGAUUUUGAAAUUCAACAGAAAAUUAACAGAUUAAAUGCUGCUAAACAGAAACUCAGACAAUUGCAGGAACUUGUUGCCAUGGUACAAGAAGUUCCAGAUGCAACUGGUAUUGAUAUCUCUAACUUCCCUGACAUUUCAUUAACUGAAGAGGAUCAGCACAGACAGCAACCAAACAAUGCUAGAACAGAUGCAUCUAGAAGUUCAAAAAAAGUGGCACUGGAUGAAGAAAAAAGAGAGAAGUUUUAUGAAGCUAAACUUCAGCAGCAACAGCAAGAGUUGAAGCAGUUACAAGAAGAAAGAAAAAGGUUGAUGGAAAUUCAAGAGAAGAUUAGGCAUCUGCAGAGAUCGUGUCCUGACCUACAGUUGUCAACAUCGAGUCCAGGAAACUUGUCAAAAAUAAAAGUUCCCAUUGUUACAUCUACCCCUGCUAUCAGUGGUCAGGGUGCAACAGCUAAGGCUUUACCUGACCCAGUUGCGGCUCCACCUCCUGAUAGUGAGCUGUGGUCUGAGAUGCGGAGACACCAAAUUCUGCGAGAAGAGUUGCGUCAAAGAAGAAAACAACUUGAAGCACUAAUGGCUGAGCAUCAGCGGCAAAAAACACUGACUGAGAGCAACUCCGUCAUUGCUGCAUCUGUUAAAAGUGAAGGGACAGAAACACAAGAUACACAGCAACUCAGCAGAACUGAAAGGACUAUGGCUACUUGGGGUGGUUCUACGCAAGGUGCAUUAGAUGAUGAUGAUGAGGAAGAUGAAGAUGAAGAGGAAGAGAAUAAUGACGAAGUUGGUGAUGAUGAUGAGGAAGAGAAUGACUACCAAUCUGAUGGGAUUGCCCAAUCAGAAGUUGAAACAAGUUCUCAUGAAACAUACACAGUGUAUCCCAAUCAAAACAGAAGUAAAGGAACACGCAAUUCAAGAGAGAGCAACAGGUGGAAGGAUAAACGAACAUGUUCCAUAGAUGGGAACUAUCGUCCAUUCCCCAAAAACAAACAACAGAAUGUUGGUAUGCGUCGACAGGAGAAUCUGCGCUGGGCAGCUGAUCUUUCCUAUGUGGAAGAGAAAGAGCACUGGCAAGAACAAGUAAACCAACUGACAAGGCAAUUAGAGUUCAGUACAAAUAUGUGCCAGACCCUGAUGCAGGACCAGCAGGCACUUUCGUAUCUUCUGCAGACAUUCCUUACUGGCCCUUACAGUGUAAUGCCCAGCAAUGUUGGAUCACCACAGGUGCAUAUCAUUAUGCACCAAUUAAACCAAUGUUACACACAGUUGGCUUGGCAACAGAACCAUGUGCAAAGGCUAAAGCAGAUGCUGAAUGAACUUCUCCACCAACAGCAGCAAGACAAAAAGCCAGAAAAUCAUAGAGAUAGCAGUGUACCACCUCCUUCUCCCAGCAAUUUUGUCUUCCCUCCAUUUAGCUUUCCUUCCCCGUCUUUAAAUCCAUUAAGCAUGUCACGACUUCCAAAUUGUUCUCCUUUUGUUCAUGGUUUUAACCUUAACCCGAUAUUCCCUCCUGGGUUUAGUGACCUGUCUCAAAAUGUCAGUGUCCAGAGUAAUGAACAACAACCACUUGUAACUGAGCACAGCAUCUCUGGAAAAACAGAAUAUUUGGCUUUCCCAAAGCCAUUUGAAAGUAAUUCUCCAAAAUACAGAGAGAACAAGUGGAUCCAAAAACAGGCAAAGGAUGAGAGAGAACAGAGUGAAUUGAUGUGGCUGAAUGAUACAAAAGAUGAAUUCGGACAAUCACCCAGACAAAUGCAACCACCCACUUCUCUACCACAGAUAAAUAUAAACAAUCCAAAGCAACAAGAACAAUGCAAAAAUAGAAAGAAUUUUGAAGAAUCAUCCCUGGAAAGUUUUAGUAGUAUGCCAGAUCCAGUUGAUCCUACCAUGGUGACAAAAACAUUUAAAUCCAGAAAAGCCUGUGCACAGGCCAGUCUAGCUUCCAAGGACAAAACUCCAAAGGGAAAAUGUAAAAAGACCUAUCUACAUCAGAAAAAUCACCAGGAAAUUAGUGCAGGUUUUGAAUCUGCAAGUAUUUCCAGUGCAAGUGAACGUUGUCGAGAAAAAAUCUGCCAUUCCACGCAGACAGAAGAAUUUUUCAAACCUCGGACUUGCAGCGCAACCAAAGAUGAAGUGGAAGAAAAGUCAAAACGAAAUAAAUCAAGUGACCUCUCCUCUGCACAUACUAGGGGAGCACUGCUUGAAUCGAACAGAAAUGCAUGCAGUGAAGCACCAGAAACUGGUAGCGACUUUUCACUCUUUGAAGCUCUACGUGAUAACAUCUAUUCUGAGGUGGCAACUUUAAUUUCUCAGAAUGAAUCACGACCCCAUUUUCUCAUUGAACUAUUCCAUGAACUCCAGUUGCUUAACACUGAUUACCUUCGGCAACGGGCUCUUUAUGCUUUACAGGACAUAGUAACAAGACAUCUUUCAGAGAAGAGCUGUAAAGAAGGGGAGCACACUUUGUCACGGAAUUCGGCUGUAUGGAUGACAUGUAAUUCUGAAUUGACUCCUAGUGAAAGCCUAGCUACAAGUGAUGAUGAGGAAGUCUGUGGAAAAACCACUGACCACCAAGCUCGGAUAGAUCUUCAACAGCAUGAAGAUGCAGAAUAUGUAGAAUCCUUGGAAAAUGCCAGCAUGUUGUCUACUUCCUCCAAUUUAGAACCCUUUGCUAAUGAUGAUCUAGGUAAUACUGUCAUUCACUUAGACAAAGCCCUGUCUAGGAUGAGGGAGUAUGAGCGCAUGAAAUUUGAAGUUGAAAAUAACCAGAUUGUCAAUGUCUGUACCAGUGCCGUCGAAUGUGCUGAAGAUGGGUAUACUACUGGAAACAGCUGUAUGAUAGAUCACAUUACUGAUGCUUCUGAUGUUACUUGUCCUCGCAUAGACACGCAACAACUGGACAAACAAAUAAAGGCUAUAAUGACAGAAGUAAUCCCAUUUCUGAAGGAACACAUGGAUGAUGUGUGCUCCCCACAGUUACUAACUACUAUUGGACGCAUGGUCCUGGCCCUUACACAGCAGAAUGAUGAAAGCAAGGAAUUUGUCAAAUUCUUUCAUGAACAACUUGGAGCCAUACUUCAGGAUUCUCUGGCAAAGUUUGCUGGUAGAAAACUCAAGGAAUGUGGGGAGGAUUUGUUGGUGGAGAUUUCGGAGAUUCUGUUCAAUGAGCUUGCAUUCUUCAGACUUAUGCAAGAUUUGGAUAACAGCAGUGUGGCAGCAAAGCAAAGAUGCAAAAGAUUGAAGGAAGUGGCAGCUUUUAAACAGCGUUAUACAACUGAGGAGAAACAACAUUUCAAAGAGAACGUUUCCUCUGCAGAAGAGCUUGAAGAUGAAGACAAAGACAAAGAUGAAAGUGAGACAGCUGUUGCAGAUGAUCGCAAACCAAAUGAAACUAAUGAAGCUGAACUGGUAAUGAAAAGUGGUUUGUCUGACAGAGAGGAAGAUGAUGUCGACAGUGAAGCAUUGCCUGCAGAAUGUGUCUCUAUAAGUCUGUCCAAGGCUGAAACUCAGGCCCUGACAAAUUAUGGCAGUGGGGAGGAUGAGAAUGAAGAAGAUGAAAUAGAAGAUUUUGAUGCUGGAACUAUUGAUGUGCAGACAUCGCUUCAGGCCAAUAAUGAAAUUGCUGAUGAAAAUGAUCCUGAACAGGAUGUUCGGCCAGAACCCAGUAAGGAUGACGUGGUUAAUCAAUCCUUGAAAACAAAUUUAACAGCUUCAGCUGAAAAUGAAAGUAGCCCAAUUCUACAUCUUCCUUCUGAGCCUUUACAAAAUACUCAGUUUGAUGCUGCUAAUGAAGACAUUAAGAGUCCAAAGCGAUCGUUACCUUUUUGUGAAAGUGCUAAUGCUGGAACAGCAAUGCAAAUGGAUCUAGAAAAUGACCUGCAAGGAACACCAGAAAGCUCAUUGGCUGGCAGCCCUGACACAGACUCUCCUGUAUUAGUUAAUGAUUAUCAGGAAGCUGGAUCUGGCAAUCUAAGCCAAAAGUCAGAUGAAGAUGACUUUGUUAAAGUGGAAAACCUACCCCCAAGUCUCUCAGUCCUUUCUGAGGAUGAAUUGAUGAGGAGAAUUUCUGAAGAAGAGCAGAAUAACAAUUUAGCUUGUGUUCUGCUGAAUGUAGAUGGAGCACAGGAGCUUGCAGGCAACUCUGAAACACUGAAAGAACCAGAAAAUGGUGGAGCCCGAAGUGCAUGAAUGAAUAUUUAUUGAUCUUCAUCACUGUCUUGUUCUGUUUGACUAAAUUAAAUUAAAUUUAUGGUUCAAAAUGUUUUCUUUUAAUUAGCCUUUUGCUAGAAUUGUUGCCCCUUUAUAUAGAUUGGUUAGUCUGACCGUUAUUUCUUGGUCCACAGAGUAUAAGCUGCAGUACAUCACAGUACUUUGAAUAAUUUUGUUUCUGAAUAGUCUAUGGCUUGAAUUUUCAUUUUUUACUGACAAAAUAACAUAUAUAACCCUGUUUUAUAAUAAAAUAAAUCCACUUUUAUAAUGAACGGCUCUAGUCCCAGCACUACUAUAUUUUGUCAUUCAGAAGGUAGUGAUCUAUUUAGUAGACUUCCCUCAUCAGUAAAUUUUAUCUACAGUGGGUAAUUCCAUCUGGUUUCAUAUGCUGGAGUUCUUUAAAGUAGUACUGUAUCAACUAUCAACCCAUUUCUAGAGAGAUUUUAUUGUGCUUGUUCAAUGUGGAGCAUUUUUUUUUUGUGACUCUCUACAAUGUAUGCAAGUGGACAAUGUUUAUCCAUAUGCAAUUUAUAAGACUCUGCUGCAGUUAUUUGACUCCAAGCCAGUCUCUUAAGCAAAUAUAUGGUAACUUAAAUAUAUUUGCUGUAUUUCAAAGUGGCAUUUGGCAUGGAAAAUGGCAUUCUAGAUUAGCUGGGUUCAUCCAUUGUAGUUAAACUGCUCCAACUGACUUGUGAUACCAUCUAGUCUGUGGAGCCUCUUCUAACCUACCAAACACACCUGUAGAUCUGAAAUAUGUUAAUUAAAGUUGGAUAUAUAAAGAACUUGCCCUACUUUUUGUUAAUAUGGCAACUCAUUUGCAAAUUAGACCCACAGCAUACCUGCAUUGCAGGUAAAAGUGAGUUGUAUUGGUCUGACACUGAAUUACUGAACUCAAAUCAGCUUGUUCUCUGCUUUCAUAUUCUGGUAUAGAAUUGAAUUAUGUACAAACACAAUAUCAGAUUGGUAUUUUAAAGAACUAAGGACAUUGAUUUGCCAUUCCAGUAGUGUCAUUGCUUAAAAUUCUCUUCUGUAAAUCUGCUUAUUAUUUUUAUACAUAUACUAGGUAAAUGAGAUUCACUGGAUGCCACUCAACUGAAUUUAAGCUUGCAAAUGAGCAGUGACUAUUAACAUCAAACUUUACUGUCAAAAGCAAGAUCUGAAUUAGUUCCACAGCUUCUGAGGUGCUGUUACAAUGGAAAGCUCCAUGUUCUGGUUAGUUCAAGAGCUGAGCAUUACUUCAUGCAAUUUUAAACAGAUUUGUACCAUCCACAUGCAUGCAUGUUUCACAUGAUUAUUUCCAUUUUCAUAAGCCCUAAUGGCAUACAUAGAAACAUUUAUAUGUUUGCAACACAACACCAAUUUAGAAAAAAAUGCAACAUAUGCUUUUCCAGGUUUUAGUAAAGGAGCUCAAGCCUUGAUAAUAGGCACUACUACAAGGCUCUACUUUGCUUGUCUUGAAGAUUUUGUAAUAAAUUUUCAAUUUAUUUGAGCCUAAAAUAUUGUGUGCAUAAAAUUAUCAAUCUGUUGUGUGAUGUAUCUUAAAUGUAAUCUAAAUUAAUUGAACUAUUCUCUUUGGUACAUUGGGCAACAACAUGUGACUGAAAAUAUUACACAUGACUCAAACAAGCAGCUUUAACCCCUUAUUCAUAGUAACCAUUCUUAAGUCCUACAAUUCUUUUCUCAAUUGCUUACAAGGGUGACUGUCUCUAACAAUAUGUUGUUGGCUGCAGCAUGCUACAGUACAAAGGGAGGAGUUGAUCUACUUUCCUUUUCCAUAAGGGAGGAGCGACUCCUGCAGAAAAAGGCUUUUUGUGAAAUUGGACACAGAUUUGUCUUUGACACUACUUAGAAUAGGUGCACUGUUUCAGCUAGUAGCAGCAGGAACACAUUUUUGUAGAAUUGACAUGCUAAGUUCUCUUUCAGUGCGUUGCAUUUUCGCAUCUUAAUGUUUCUAUGAUUCGUGUAUUUAAUUUAAACUUGAACUUUUUGACAGGCAUGUUGCUGUGUUGUGUGGUCAAUCCUUAAUCUGCAUUUUUAACAUAUGAUUUUAAAAUGUUUACUAUGCAAUUUCAAAAUAAAGUUACACUCUUUGUGUUUGUCA